AUGCACUCAUUCCUAGCCAAGGGCAAGAAAGAACGAAUGAAGUGUGCUUACACAACAGAUGAUGACGAUUAUGAUAACACGGGAAUUUUUAAACGAGAAGGUGGUUCGACACGUUUUGGCUCGGCCGCAAGUGUUGCCAAAAAAGCUCAAAGAAAAGUAACAAAAAAAAAGAAAACCGCAGCAUAUCAGAAACGUCAAACAAAUGCAGCAGGGGGAAGAACAAAGAAGUUGAAAACCAGCGAUUUUUCAUUUACAACAGAGCAGCGCCAAAAAAUUGCAUCGGCCAUUUAUAAUCGCCGCUCACAUCGCCAUAAUCCGAAUAAGGAAAAAUUAAAGCAUUGUGAGGGACCCAACUGCACGAAUUCCACACGUGCGCAGUCGAAAUUCUGUUGCGAAGAAUGCGGAAUGAAUUUGGCACGUGAUCGUUUACGUGUCAUCUUGCCGAACCGUGUUCAUUCAUUUUGGGAUAAUAUGUCAUAUUCUAUGGAACAUUCACAGCAUUUACGAGAUACAGCGGAAGAGCAGAUUCAAUUUUUCACGAAUAAAGUACGCAUAUUCGCAGAUUUUCAGGACGAAUUGCAAAAAUGGAUUUCGGUUACUGAAAAGAUCGAAUCUGUGAGCGAAAUAACUGUCAAUAAUUCACCGGACAUGGAUUUCGUGCUACAUUGUUCUGUAUGCGCUUUGGAAUUUCCAGCCAAACUCAUUGUAAAACAUAUGGAGCGUUGCUUCGUGCGUAAUGAAAAACAGAGUUGCUAUGGCACUCCGAAUAAAUCGCAAGUCAAUCCGUAUAAUAUUUUCUGCGAGCAAUUUAACAAGGCCAAUAAUACGUUUUGCAAACGUCUUCGUGUGUUGUGUAGUGAACAUUACAAGUCUACAGAGAAUGCUACAAAGGUGUGUGGUUAUCCUUUUGCAUGGAACAAAAACAAAUUUCGACCUGUUAUCAAAACGUUUGACGACAUGCAAGCCCUCCUUCAAGAAGGCUUUUGUCAUUGCCCACGGAAAAACUGUCUUCAGCACCAUAAUUGGGUUCAGAAUGCAAUGGGUUUGAUCGACGUGGAACUCCUUAAUCUUUUAAUCAAAUUAGACGAGUGGUUCGAGAAAAAAAGAACACUUCAAGUCUCAGAAACCAUGCGUGGUGAUGUGCUUUCACUUUUUUGCGAUAAAACAGUUCGCUCCAACACAUCAGUGGAUAAAGAUAAUUCCAUCCUGGUCUGCACUUCCAGUGAUUCCGGUCUGGCUGAUGAUAUGCAGUACCAGAAUGCAGAGCAGUUUAUGAAUGCAACUAUGGCAAACAUAAAGGGCGCAGAUUACACUGAUUGCAAUGAUGUUUGUGACGGUAGUAUGCAAGUACACUUUAAAAACAUUACAGGUAAAGAGAAUAACAGUAGGAUUAUGUAUGGUCAUACUGCAGCAUAG